UAGUGUCACUUUAGGAAAUAUUUUACCUUGCCACGAAUGCCAAAACGUUGGUAAAGUGUGACAAAUAAACAAAAAACUAAAUAUUUUUUUAUCCUUAUCUGAGCCAUUCUCUCAAUUUAGGUCGUGUGAAUUCCCACAGGACUCGAAAGGAAAGAAAAGGAACCCGUCAAAUAAAUAAUAAAAAAAUAACCUACUAAUAAACUAAUGAAUACAUACCACUUGUCGUGAAACAAUAAAAUGUUUUUUAUGAGUAGAAUUUUUUUUUAAAAUAAGCUCAGUUGUAAGAAAAUUAUAUACAAAAUAGUGACUUUAGGGACCAAAUUUCAAAAAAAGUAACUUCUGAGUGACCAGCCUGAAAAAAGUGACAAAGUUACUAAAAAGUGACCAACUUCUAGCCCUGCUUAAGUCACGUUACAGAGUAGUGGGUGCAGUCACAGAAAAUCGUUGAACCGUAUUCGAUUUGAAAUAAAGUAGCUGGAAACAUGAUCCCGCUAGUUCACGUGGCCAUUGGCGUCGGCGUUGCAGUCAUUGCCUUUAAAUUGUUCAGACUGUUCAUCGAAGGUGGUCAAUUUCGCAAGCCGACACGUUGCGAUGGCAAGGUGAUACUAAUUACCGGUGCCAAUACCGGCAUCGGGAAAGAAACGGCCAAAGAACUUUUGAAGCGAGGCGGGAAAGUGUAUCUCGCAUGUCGUUCCCUGGAGAAGGCUAACCAAGCGCGGGAAGAUCUGAUCCAGGAAACGGGUUCCAAAGAUAUUUUUGUUAGGAAGCUGGACCUCUCGUCGAUGGAAUCGAUCCGAAGCUUUGCCAAGAGUUUCCUGCAGGAGGAACCACGACUGGAUAUUCUGAUCAACAAUGCCGGCGUUAUGGCUUGUCCGAAAGAGCUCACCAAAGAUGGAUUCGAGCAGCAGAUAGGCGUCAAUCAUUUGGGUCACUUCUUGCUGACCAACUUGUUGAUGGAUCGACUGAAAUCGUCGGCCCCCAGCCGGAUCGUAAAUUUGUCCAGUUUAGCCCACUAUUAUGGUUCGAUCAACAAGCAGGAUUUGAACAGCGAACGAUCGUACAAUCAAGUUAUGGCCUACUGUCAGAGCAAGCUGGCCAACGUGCUUUUUACGCGUGAGCUGGCGAGGCGCUUGGAGGGAACCGGUGUUACGGCGUACGCGGUCCAUCCAGGUUCAGUCGAUACGGAUUUACUCCGGCACAUGGGAUCCCUCUUUUUCUUGUUAGAGCACAAACUGAUAAAACCAAUCGUUCGGUUAACGUUCAAAUCGGUCAAGUCUGGCGCCCAAACCUCACUGUACACCGCUUUGGAUGAAGGCCUCGUAAAUGUUAGCGGAAAAUACUACGCAGACUGCUGCGAGAAAAAGCCAAGUGCGGCCGCACUGGACGACGAAACGGCACGCUGGUUGUGGAACACCAGCGAGAAACUGACCGGCCUUUCGGGGAAAUCUUCUUAAA